AUGGCGACACAUCGCUCCUCCGCAGGACAUGGUCGUCGCGAGGCCCAGGUGAUCGAGGUCCCUGUUGGUGACUUCAUCCGCAAGAAUGAGAUUGGCAAGGGCAGUUUUGCUACUGUCUAUCUCGCCUCUCACAGGAAGCGCAAGUCGUACGCUGCUAUCAAGUCAGUCGUCACAGGAAAGCUGACGGGAAAGUUGAGAGAGAAUCUCAACUCCGAGAUCAACAUCCUGAGGAAGUUACAACACCCUCACAUCGUCGCCUUGUUUGAAUGUGUCGACACUCCGCAGCAUAUCCAUUUGGUCAUGGAGUACUGUCAAAUGUCGGAUCUGGCUGCUUUCAUGAAGGGUAGAGCCCGGAUUGCUACACUGCCUGAGACGCACGACAUCUUCGACAGAUACCCGAAUGCGCCUAACGGCGGUUUGCAUGAAGUCCUGGCCCGUCACUUCCUCAAGCAAAUUGCCAGUGCACUUCAGUACCUGCGCAAAUACAACUUGAUUCAUCGCGACAUCAAACCGCAGAACUUGUUGCUUAACCCGCCUCCAACGUAUAUGCAGAAUCAAAAGCCAGAGGACGUGCCCUUGGCAGCAAGCGAGAAUUCACUAAUUCCUGCUGUCGGUGUGGCUUCUCUGCCCAUGCUGAAGCUUGCUGACUUUGGUUUCGCUCGUCACCUUGCCAGUACUUCCCUGGCCGAAACUCUUUGUGGCUCUCCUUUGUAUAUGGCCCCGGAAAUCUUGGCUUAUCAGAAGUACGAUGCAAAGGCAGAUCUGUGGUCCGUAGGUACUGUGGCCUACGAGAUGGUGGCUGGAAGGCCUCCUUUCAAAGCAACAAAUCACGUUGAGCUGCUUCGCAAGAUCGAUCAAGCACAGGACGUGAUUCAGUUUCCUGCUGGAUUGGUUGUUUCUCGGGAGUUCAAGGACACAAUCAAAUCUCUUCUGAAAAGACAGCCUACACAGCGCGUCAGCUUCGACCGAUUCUUUGGAAGUUCCACAAUCAUAGGCGACAUCCCUGACCUUGUCGAAAUGGACAGACCCCGUGUUGCCGAUGCGUCUGACUCUGACAUCGCCAUGUCCGCGCUGAAGAUCGACAAUGUUGGCAGCGGACAAGCUGUGCGUGAUCCGUUUUUAGGCGUGACUAGAAAGCCUACGGUUGCGACUGCCUCGCCAAGCGUAGAGCCUACCAAGAGACCCGAGAUGCCCAUCAACCGUCGACAGACCGAAGCAGCUAUCCCUCCCUUGACAACUCAAGUUGAAGCGAAGCGUCAUGCUGGCCAGAUGGAGCAAAAGAGGCCACCACUGGUCCCGACCGCAACUGCUCCCUCGCGCCAAGAGCUGCAGCACGUAGCCCCCAUCAACCAAGGCAGAGCGAACAAUCCACGCUAUGUUCCAUCCCCGGUCUCCUCGGCUCCACAGACCUCGCCCAUGCAUGACAAGAUGUCUCGAGAGUCGCGCGAUACGAACACAGCUCAUGACUUGACAUUUGAGAAAGAGUACGUUAUGGUUGAGAAGAAGGCAGUUGAAGUGAAUGCUUUUGCCGAUGAGCUCGCGGACCGCAACAGACAGCCGGAGAACCACACGAACGGCAUGGCUCGUCGUGCAACGGCUCCGGUCGUGCCUGGCGCAAAUGUCGUAUCGAACGUGCUGAAGACAGUUUCUGGUAGACAAACAGGCACACUUCAUGGUCGUCGUCCUUCUUUCGAGCAACGCGGUCAAACUCCCACACCCACAGACUACCUAUCGCGAGCUUUGAGCGCAGCCAAGAAUCGCAUUGGCCAGGCAAUCAACGGACAGCCACAGGGUAUAUCGCCGCCUCAAGGAUACGCUGGCUUUCCUGCGUCUUCAGCACCCCCUCUGCAACUGGCUAUCGGCGAUGGAAGAAACUCACCGAGCAACGUUGACGAGGACACUCGAUUGCUUCAGAUCGUGGAAGAAGGCGCAACUCGCAGUGAUGUGGUGUACGGAUUUGCAGAAGUCAAGUACAGACAAUUGCUUCCCGCAACUCCUUCGGCAGAAGACAGAACCACGAUUCGCCAGAUCAGUGCCUUGGAACAACCUCUCCACACUGGCGAGGACGCUGAUAACCAAGAUCUCACCCAGGUCGCCAUCGUGGCAGUCGCAGAGGAAGCAUUUGUUCUGUACGUCAAGGCCUUGGCCAUCCUGGUAAAGACUAUCAAUCUCGUGAAGUACUGGUGGGAUCGCCAGCGCAAGAUGGACACUCCACCAGGAUCACUUCCAUCGAGACUCGGCGAAGUCAAGCAAAGUUCCUUCGAGAUGAACAAGAAGAUGAACAACGUCGUCCAGUGGGCUCGCACACGCUUCAAUGAAAGCCUCGAGAAGUCCGAAUUAGUUGGGCGCCGUUUGAUCGAAGCUCAGAAGCAGCUCCCAGCUAGUCACCCAGGACAUCCAAGCAAUCAUGGCCAGUUACAAUCUUCAGGAUCCGGCAAUGCCUUGACCGCGGCUGUUGAUCACAUUCAAUUGACUAGCGGUGUCACAGCCGAGAAACUGAUGUUUGAUCGCGCCGUCGAGAUGAGUCGUGCUGCUGCUGUCAACGAGCUUGUGGGAACCGAUUUUGCCGGCUGCGAGCUCAGUUACAUCACAUCGGUCAUGCUACUGGAAGCCGUCCUCGAGAAUGAUGAUGAGCCCCUGCUCUCAAAAGCAAGUACGCACAAGGCUAGAGCAGGUAAUGCAAACACCACUAUCAACGGCAUGGAUUCCGAAGACCGCGAUGCAGUUCUCAAGUUGAUUGAAAGCACUCGCGGCAGACUUGAUUGUCUUCGCCGUAAAAUCAAGCAACAGAAUGCGGCGAAACAGAACAACCCAACAUCCACUACCAGGCCUAUGGCAAGAACAUCUUCGUCGCCAGGCACAGCUAUUGGCACAUCGCCGAGAUAG